AGUUACUGUAAAGAGGACAGUGUGUCAUAGCAAAUAGUUUUUAAACAACAAAUGAUUGGUCUCUAGUAAGAGUGAUGCUUCUUAAACCAGCCUUGACAUCAAAACAUGGCUGGUUUGUGUUCAUCUAAGCAAUGUUUUCCGAAUAACUGCACGUGAUUGGCCCUCGGGCCGAACAUGUGAUUGACAGGUGACGAGAUGCCAUCGAAGGUGUCGUGCUUGUACAUGCUGACUGUGGUCUGCUGGGCCAGCGCUCUGUGGUAUCUCAGCGGUUCCCGGCCUUCGACCACCUAUGUGGGUCAGAUGACUUUCACCGCCCGCAAAGUGCUCCCGAGGCGCUCGAAGAACGAGACGUUCAGCAACAUCCGCACACGUUCCCUCAAUCCGCACGAUUUCAAUUUCCUUAUUAACGAGCCCAAAAAAUGCGAGGGCGCUGCACCCUUCCUCAUCCUCCUCGUCAGCACUAACCACAAAGAGUUUGACGCCCGCCAGGCGAUUCGCGAGACGUGGGGAGACGAGAACACGUUCGGCGACGUCCGCGUUUUGACUCUGUUCCUCCUGGGGUUCAGCACGGAGCCUGUCCUCAACCAGAUGGUGGAACAAGAGAGUCAGAUCUUCCAUGACAUCCUGGUGGAGGACUUUGUGGAUUCCUACCACAAUCUGACCUUGAAAACCCUCAUGGGAAUGCGCUGGGUGUCGUCAUACUGCCCAAACGCCCAGUACAUCAUGAAAACCGACAGCGAUAUAUUCGUGAAUAUGGACAAUUUGGUGUUUAACCUUCUUAGACCCAACGCCAAGCCGAGGCGACGCUUUUUCACAGGCCGCGUAAUAAACGGCGGACCCAUACGUGAUGUCCGCAGCAAGUGGUUCAUGCCUAGAGAUCUCUACCCUGACAGCAGGUAUCCGCUCUUCUGUUCUGGCACCGGAUAUGUGUUCUCCGGAGAUGUGGCGGAGUUGAUCUACAAGACCUCGCUACAUACGAGACUCCUUCAUCUUGAAGAUGUGUACGUGGGACUGUGCCUGCGUAAACUAGGCAUUCAGCCCUUCCAGAACAAUGGAUUUAAUCACUGGAAGAUGACUUACAGUCUAUGCCGCUACCGAAAGGUGUUGACUGUACAUCAGAUCUCACCAGAAGAGAUCCUCAGAAUAUGGAACGAUAUGGCCAACAAGAAACAUCUCAAAUGUUAA